AUGAUGAUGACGCAGCCGUUUCCUGCCCACCAAGGCAUGCCGCAACAUGGGUUUCCCCCCGGUCACCCAAUGGCCGCGCAACAUCCAAAUGGACACCCGGGCGCUGGAAUGGUACAGCAAAUGCAUCCUGGCGUCUCUGCGCCGGGAGGACCUCAAGUCAGCCAAGCGGGCCCGAUGAUGGGCGGCAUGCCCCCGGGCGCUGGGGCAGUUGGUCCUGGUGGCCCCGGCCCAAAUGCUCAUGCCCUCUCCCACCUGAAUCCCGCGCAGGCGCAUAUGCUUCAGAACCCCCAAUUCCAACAAAAUUUUGCGAAUAAUCCCCAUCUAUUACAUCAGCACCAGCAACAGCAACAGCAACAAUUAAUGCGGCAACGAAUGAUGCUCCAGCACCAGCAGCAACAACAGCAGCAGCAACAGCACCACCAGCAGCAGCAACACCAGCAACAGCAGCACCAGCAGCAGCAACAACAACAGCAGCAACAGCAACAGCAGCAACAACAACAACAUCAACACCAACAGGGUCUUCCCGUAUCAAUGCCUAAUGGUACUCAAGGACUUAAUGCUGCGCAAAUGGCUGCAAUGCAAGCGAACCCUGGAAUGCGACCCGUUAAUAUGAUGCACCUUCAGCAGCAAAUGCCACAUGGCCAGCCGCCAAGUCUCCAACAGCAGCAGCAAUUUUUCGCUAUCCAGCAGGCUCAGCAGCAGGCGCAGCAGCAGGCUCAAUAUGCUCAACAACAGGGGAAUAAUGGACCGUCAGGCCAGCAUACCCCGCAGCGUACAUCAGCACAACCUCCGAAUAUGCACGAACAGAGUGCCACCCCACAGUCGCAACAUGGCGGGCCAGGAGGCGGCACACCGCAACCCUCUCAAACUUCUCAGCCGCCAUCCACUCAACCACCACAAUCGCAGGGAUUGCCCCAAGGCCAGGGAACUCCUAAUCCCCCACCGCAGCAAUUGCCACAAUCUCAACAGCCGGGUCAACAGGGCCAGGCUGGCCCGCAGCCGCAGCCGCAGCCUUCUCAGAGUUCCCAGGGCCAUCAGCCGGGUCCUCAGAAUCAGCAGAUGAUGGCCCAGGAGGCUCAAAUGAAGGCACAGCAGCACCAAAAUGCUCUUAUGAUGCAGCAACAACAACAGCAGCAGCAAAGGAAGAAUAACGCAAUAUUGACCAUUCAUGCCUAUGCCGAACAUUUGGGAAACUUCCAAUCCCGCAAUGAAGCACAGGAUCUUCUAUAUUGGCAAUCGUUUGUCGAGCGGUUCUACUCCCCUGUAGGUGUCUUGAGGCAGGGUGUUUGGAACAACACGAUUGGAUCUAAACAAUUCGAAAUUGCGACACCCGCACUGGCACGUUAUUAUUUGACCCAAUUCACUAGCGGAAUUAGUCAAAUUCAGAUGGUGGUGGAAGGUGCUCGCGAGCGGGAAUCCCACAAUGGAGGGCAUUACGUUGAAGCGCCAAAAUGUUCAUUCAUUUAUUGGUUCAAGAAUGAGUGCCAGCUUUUCACCAACGGCACGCUGCGCGCGCACUUCGAUAUGCACAACAAGCUUGAGAUGCUCGAUGUUAAUGUCGUCAGCCACAACGAGUUCAUUCCACGGUCGUUGUUGUUGGCCAUGGAGGCGGAUUCCCAAAAGCAAAGUCCGAAGGUCACAAAGAACUCAAAACGUGCCCAGCCUAAGCAAACGCCGUCAUUGGUGCCAGAUUCAAAAGUGACUGCCAACGGCGUGCCAACUCCAGUCAUGGGAUUCAUGGAAGUAGCUGAAACCAUUUCUGCGAUGCAAAUGUUGUUCCAGUUUUCUCAGGCAAAUCCGCAGUUAUCACCUCCUGACGCUUUACGGAAUCUUGUCAGCACCCUCCAAUCACAAAAUCCCAAUCCUGGCUUUGUAUCGACUCCCAUGCCCAUGAACCAGGGCAUGAACCCAGGCAUGAAUCCAGGAAUGAAUCCAGGCAUGAAUCCAGGCAUGAAUCCGGGCAUGAACCAGGGCAUGAACCAGAACAUGAAUCCGGGUAUGAACCAGGGUAUGAAUCCGGGUAUGAAUCCAGGCAUGAAUCCAGGCAUCAAUCCGGGCAUGAACCCGGGCAUGAGUCCGGGUAUGAACCCAGCUAUGAACCCAGGCAUGAAUCCAGGCAUGAACCCAGGCAUGAACCCAGGCAUGAAUCCGGCGAUGCACCCAGGCAUGAGUCCGGGCAUAAAUCACGCGAUGCACCCAGGCAUGAGUCCGGGCAUGAAUCACGCGAUGCACCCAGGCAUGAAUCCCGGUAUGAAUCCCGGUAUGAACCCAGGCAUGCAACCCAUGCAAAAUGUUCGGGGACAUAGCAUGGGCGCUCCAUCACAGUUCGCCUCGCCUGCCAUGGCUCAUCUUGGUCUCCCCGGGCAGCAAGGCUCGCCUCAUCUGACUGGUUCAGCACAUCCGAGCCCAGCCCAAAGCAACCUUGCCGGCCCCCCUGGAAUGCAACCACCAAUGCAUCCGUCCCCAGCCGGCGUGAACAACAGUCCAAAUGUAGGUGGCAACAAACGCCGCCGGGCGAGCACCGUCAAAAUGGAAUCCGAGGACGGUGGUGGAGUCGAAGCUAACGGUGCUCCGCAGCAGGGCUCAGCGAAAGUAAAGGCUAGCCCUCGGGUGCCGAAGCGACAAAAGGGUGCCGCCGCCUAA